CAUGCCUACUUUUUUUUUAUAUUUAUCCUUUGUUCAUGAUUUUCUCGUUUUCCAAUACGCAAUCUUGCAAGAACUACCCCAUGCCUACUUUUUUAUUCAAUCUCCACUCCCCAAUUUGAUCACACCGACUUCCACUUUCUGCUGUAUUCGCUCCUGAUUUCUUCGCCGGAAUGGAUCGAUCAUCGUCGGAAAAGCUCAUCCUCGUCAACCGGGAACCAAACGGGAUCGCAUUCGUUACGAUCAACCGACCGAAGUCCUUGAAUUCGUUAACGAGAGCGAUGAUGGCAGAUUUGGCUCAGGCGUUUAAGAGCUUGGACCGCGACGAGUCCGUGCGAGUUAUCGUGCUCUCUGGAACAGGCCGAGCCUUCUGUUCCGGUGUAGACCUUACUGCGGCGGAGGAUGUUUUCAAAGGAGAUGUGAAGGAUGUUGAAGCCGAUCCGGUUGUGCAAAUGGAACGCUGCCGGAAGCCGAUAAUCGGAGCGGUUGCAGGUUUCGCCAUCACCGCUGGAUUUGAGAUCGCCUUGGCUUGCGACAUACUCAUAGCUGCCAAAGGAGCUAAGUUCAUCGAUACUCAUGCUAGAUUUCGGAUAUUUCCUUCAUGGGGAUUGUCUCAGAAACUCCCGAGGAUCAUCGGAGUUAACAAAGCUCGUGAAGUAUCCUUAACGGCGAUGCCUCUAACUGCAGAGGAAGCAGAGAGGAAGGGUUUGGUGAAUCACGUGGUCGACGGAGGUGAAUUGUUGAAGAAAACUCGAGAGAUUGCGGAGGCCAUCUUGAAGAACAAUCAGGACUUGGUGUUGAGAUACAAGUCCGUCAUUAACGAUGGCCUGAAGCUGGAUCUUGGCCAUGCUCUUGCGCUGGAGAAGGAGAGAGCUCAUGCAUAUUACAAUGGAAUGACCAAAGAGCAAUUCAAGAAAAUGCAGGAAUUCAUAGCUGGUCGGAGCUCCAAGAAGCCUUCCAAGUUAUAGUCUAAUCGAUGUAGCUUACUGUCUGUUUCUACACUGCAACAAUAAUAAGAAGAACUUGCCUCCUAAACGGUUAGUGGAUUCUUCCCUUGUUUUAUUCACAUGUAAUUUGAUUUUAGUGGAUUAGAGAUAAAAUGACUAUUUUGAGAAGAAUUCAGGCUGGUUUCUGAGCAAUAAAUGUUGGGUAUUUUAUGGAUAAUGGCUGAAUAUGAACUCAUUGGAUGGCAGUUUAUGGUUGAUUUGAUAU